AUGAGGGAAUUUGGGCACAUCAGCCCACUCGGAGCUCAGAGCGGUGACUCAUCAGACUUCCGAGAAAAAGACAAUGGGUUGAGCUCCACACCACAUCAACCGUCAUCAUCACUCAGCAGCACACCUGUGUCUUCUUACACAUUUACAAGACUUCCUCAUGUCUCUCCAGCAGUGCUGUUCCCCGACUGGGCCUACAAGCCGGCCUGGUCGCCCGGCUCCAGACAGGUCCAGCUGUGGCACUUCCUCCUGGAGCUGCUGGGUCGAGGCGAGGGCGGCGCCAUCGGCUGGGGAGGGGAGUGGGGCGAGUUUGUCAUCAGGGACCCCGAGAGGCUGGCCAGGCUGUGGGGGGAGAGGAAGGGCAAACCACACAUGAACUACGACAAGCUCAGCCGGGCGCUCAGAUACUACUACAACAAACGCAUCCUGCACAAGACCAAAGGGAAAAGGUUCACCUACAAGUUCAACUUCAGCAAACUCAUCCUGGUCAACUAUCCGGGACAUCCACCUCCACCUCCACCACCACCACCUCCACCACCUGGCCAUCAGGUCAUCACCACCUCUUUACACCUCAUAUCACAACUUAAAGGACUUCCCUGUCUGGAAUACUGGAUUCUGGGCUGUAUUACCUUUGAUAUGUAUACAGAAUGA